AUGUCGAACACGCAGAAAGGCCAGACAGAUGCUACCAAGCCCGACGAAGAUGAUGAAGCUGAUGAAUGGGACAAGAGAAUCUUCAGCACUGGCUGUUCAGACGAGAACGCGACUUUGAAUGACUGCUUUCGGGAUAAGAAGGACUGGCGAGCUUGUAAAGACGAGAUGGAGGCCUUCAAGCAAUGCUGGAAGCGGCAGGGCAAUGAGCAGAGGACAGACUCGAAGGAUGUCUGA